AAUGUGAUUGUAAAGGCUAAUUAGAAGUCCAAUAAACUACCAACGCCGAGAGCACCGAUCUCGCUACUGCCGACUUCACGCAACGGGAACUUCCUUUUCCUAUGGACAUUGGCGUUCUAUCCACAAACCAGGUACCUCCUUUUGCUUAAGGUUAUAGAAAAUAAUUUAGCGAUAAUGGAAGGGACGGAUCAAAUUUUCCAGUUGCCACAGCCAAUUUUGGACCACAUUCUGUCUUUUUUUGCUAUUAAAGAUGCUGCAAAAACUAGUACAUUGUCCAAGGUUUGGAACAGUGUUUGGACUUCCCUUUCCUCCUUAAAUUUUGGUGAUAAUUAUUUUCGUCAGUCCAAAAAUAUUGUGGAUCAAAUUCUAGCAAAUCGGCUAAACCAGAACAUCUCUAUAAAAAGGUUCAAGGUAAAUGUACCAAAUUAUCGAUCAAAGGAUGUGGAUAAUUGGAUUGAAAUACUGGUAACCUGUAAUAUCAAAGAGCUGUUUUUAGAGGUUGGCAUAUACACUUACAACAAGUUACCUGAAGUAGUCUUUGAUGCCAAAGCUUUAAACGUGCUUAGUUUACGUGGAUUUAAGCUUGAAUUACCCUCGGGUGGCAUAAAGUUUUCAUCUUUGCGAGAGUUAUACCUUGUUGAUUCAUUUUUGGACGAGCAAUUACUUCAAGCUCUAUGCAAAAUUUGUAUCCAUUUAGAAGUUUUGUCUUUAAGUGGAUUUCAUGGACUAAUGAGUUUACAAGUUUCAGGAACUUUACCUAAACUAAGGACGGUAAAGUUGCUAUAUUGCCCUCCUAAAUUCAAGAUGGUUGAUAUUGUAGCACCUAAUCUUAAAGACCUUUACAUUAGCUCCUUCGGUCAGGACCUACGUGUAAUUAACAUAACUGCUUGCAAAUCCGUAAAGCAUUUGAAGCUCACUUCUGUGGCUGUCACUGACCAAUGGUUAGAGGACCUUUUCUCCAAUCUAUCUAACCUUGAAAUCUGUUACUUAUUUUCUUGUUCGUCGUUGAAGAUUAUUAAGAUUUCAAGCUACCGGCUUAAGCUUCUGAAAGUAGUCGCGUGCUAUAAUCUGAUUGCGAUUGAUCUGGAUACACCUAACUUAUUAAGAAUCACUUCUGAUGUUCGUCAUGGAAAAGAGGAACUCUUGUUCAAACUGAAAGCUUCGCAAUUGCUGGAAGCUAAGAUCAAAUUGAUUCCAGGUCCAGAAGACCUUGACACUCAUUGGUACUCUAAGCUCGCGAAUUCUCUUGUUAACUUUAAUCAUUCCAGGGCUAUUACACUAAGCUGCGACGAAGACAAGGUGAUAGUUAUACCAAAAGACAUGAGAGAAAACUUGUUUCCUCCACUCUCUGGUCCUAAGGGUUUGCACAUUAAAAUUAUGGAUCGGUCGAAUUAUUCAGUUGUGGACGUUGUUGAUAGUUUGCUUUGGAUGUCUCCUCAACUGGACAUCUUAUCUGUUGACCAGGGUCGAGACUUAAAGAGCGUGAUCAAGUUUACAUACAGAGAUGAAGAUGAAGCUGAUGAUGAAGACGAGAAACCUUGUUGUGCAUCUCUACCUUGGAAAUGUUGGAAGCAUGAGUUAAAGAAAGUUAAAUUGCAGAACUUUACAUGUACGGAGCUAGAGAAGCUGAGAAACUAUUUUCUCUCAAAUACAGAUAUAUUGGAGAAGAUAAUUGAAGAUCCACCAUAAUGCAGCCUUUUUACUUCAGUUCAGUAGAUUUACUUUAACUAAGUUUCCAUGGUUCCUUAUGUGUAGUUGCAUCUAGCUAAUUUUAGGUUUUGAAUAAAUUUGCUACUGUACUAGGAGCAGGUUGUGUACUCGCCGAUCAUGGGCGAUCUCUCUUGGGACGUUUGUUUGCAAUGACAUUGUUUUUUUUUUU